AUGUCUUCCGAACCUCACCACGACCCAAACAACAAUCCAGCAAACAACACAAGCGCAACUGGGCUCCAGAGCAAUCAGAAAACCCUUGUAAUUUCGCUCGUGACACUAGUCAUCGCGGCUCUGAUCGCGCUCUUCGCUAACGACACCGCCAACCUGUCUGCGUUCCGUCGUCUAUUCGGAUCUUCAAGUGCUGCUCGUUCAGCGGUCGGUCCUUUAUCUGUGUCUGCAUCGGCUUCUGCGUCUAUUGCUGCUGGUGCAUCUACGAAAGCGAAGAUGGCUUCGGAUGAUUCGACGGUGCAGAUGAAGACGCCGGUUUACUUUCUUAGCCAUGGCGGGCCUAGCGUCAUGUACGACGUGGAUCAUCCUGCCUAUACCAAGCUUGGUCAGAUCGGGCGUGAGAUUACUACCAAGGUUAAGCCUCGCGCGGUGGUGGUUUUCUCGGCGCACUGGCAAGGUGGAAGGGAUACGAUCUAUGUGAAUACGGCCGAGAUGACGGAUUUGAUUUACGAGUAUGUUUCUGUUCUCGACAACAUCCAGAAGGGAGUGUGGGCUGACAUUGAUUAUAGCUUUUAUGGUUUCCCUGACCAUUACUACAAAGAGAAAUACCCGAACGUCGGAAGUAAGGAAGUCGCGCACAAAGUACUCGACUUGCUGAAAGAAGCGGGUAUUGAUGCAAAGGGCGUAAAGCGGGGACUUGACCAUGGUGUUUGGGCGAGCUUCAAGUGUGCCUUCGAACCAGAAUCUAAUGCUCUCAAUGUCCCUAUUGUCCAGGUUUCACUCUUUGACACCGAGGACCCGAAUCAACACUACCGCCUUGGACAGGCUGUCGCCCGUUUACGUGAGGAAAACAUACUGAUCAUCGUCUCGGGCAUGGCAGUGCACAACCUUCGCGAUUUGCGGUUUACAUUUGGGAAGCCGCAGCCCCUGCCUUACGCUGUCAGCUUUGACGAGGCGUUGAAGGAGGCUGCUACGACGAAGCCUGAGGAGCGGGAGGCUGCUAUGGCGAAUUUGUUGAAGAGGCCGGAUGCCAGACAGGCGCAUCCGUCUUUUGAACACUUGCUGCCUAUUCAUGUUGGGGCUGGAGCGGCAGGAGCUGAUAUCGGGAAGCGGCUUUGGAAGUUCCCUGAGGGAAGUAUGAGUUGGUCGCAGUACCGGUUUGGAGAGAUCGGAAACGCGAGUGCUUCGUUAUAG